CCAUGCCCGCGCUGCAACAGCAGCGACACAAAGUUUUGUUACUAUAACAACUAUAACAUUUCCCAGCCCCGCUACUUCUGCCGGACCUGCCAGCGCUACUGGACGGCGGGUGGUACACUGCGCGACGUGGCGCCUGGCGCCGGCCGCCGCAAGAGCAAGUCA